UCCCUCUCCCUCUCUCUCUAAGUUUCUCAUCUGGUCCGUUGCUUCAUAGAUGAAGCAGAUGAUCCGACGUCUGUCGAGGGUGGGGGAUUCGUCGCAAUACGAGUCGCUGCAGGGGAAGGAAGGGGGCCGGCGGCGGGAGGAGGUGCCGGAGGGGCACGUGCCGGUGUACGUCGGCGAGGGGGAGGAGGUGGAGCGGUUCGUGGUCCGGGCCGAGCUGCUGAGCCGGCCGGUCUUCGUCGAGCUCCUCCGCCGCUCCGCCCAGGAGUACGGCUACGAGCAGCGGGGCGUCCUGCGGAUCCCCUGCCCCGUCCCCGUCUUCCGCCGCGUCCUUCGCUCCCUCCUCGCCACCUCCGCCGCCGCCGCGGCCGAGGUGGAGGCCGAGCUCCUCCGCUCCUUCGACGAGGAGUUCCUCGCCAUCGGCGCCAGCUAGUGCACACCCAAGUUUCGGGGCUCGGGGUGUCCUCCCUCCUUUUUGGAUUACGGGUUUGCUCUUCUCGGCUCCGUGGACCACCACGAGUGGCAGAGAGUGGCUUUUCUGGAAACUUAUUUUCACUUUUUCUUUUUUUUUUGGGUAAAAGCUAAUUUUGUGCAAUGGAGGAAGGGAGUUAUUUUGGCCUUUUAAGUUUAUUUAAUUUGUAUUGAAAGAGUUUAUAUUUGAAAUGACACAAUUGCCCUUUAUC